AUGGCGCUGCUAUCAUGGUGCCAAGUCGCGUGGCACGCCUGCGUUUUGAUCUGUCGAAUCCUUCUGCUUGUCCCAUCAGCUCUCUACUACAUCAUCCCAAGCAAUCGUCCCCAUGAUAUCUGGACACUACACCAAGCAUUGGGUCGAAAGCUCAUGUUCAACCUAAUGCAGUUCUAUACUAGUAUUCGCCUCAUAACCCCAAUGCCAACGGAACGCAAGGAUUUGGGGUCGCGGUUUAUAUCUAUUCCGCCAGCGUCGGACCGAGAUGUCUACCGUGGACCCUUGAAGGAUGAGGUCAUACAACCAGGUACGGUUCGGGCCGUAUGGUACCCUGAAGCUCAUGACUCGUCUUCACUGUCCAAUCUGGCAUCUGGAGAGUAUCUUCUUCUUCACUUCCAUGGCGGCGGUUAUGUUUUGGGAAGCCCUCUACCACUCGACAGUGGGUAUUUCGCUGGUGUGUUCGCAAGAUACAUAACACCCACGGUCCUGUUUGCUGGGUACAGAUUGACAUGCGUGCCAGAGGGGCGUUUCCCAGCAGCCCUUCAAGAUGCUGUUACCGCCUAUCUGAAUGUCUUGUCUCUAGGGGUUUCAGCAGAAAACGUCAUCGUCAGUGGUGACAGCGCUGGUGGCCAUCUUGUCAUCUCCUUACUGAGAUAUAUCAGCGAGUACCUGCCAGACACUCCAAGCCCCAAGGCUGCUUUACUAUGGUCUCCGUGGAUCGAUAUUCCAGGAGCGACACCAGCGCAUCACGUCCGACAACGAAAGAACUACAGCACGGAUUAUUUACCAGCCGACUUUGCUGAAUGGGCGACCGAGUCCUUUGCUCCUCAAAGUAUCAUCGAUCGGAAUGGGCCAUAUGUCACUUUGAAGGGCAAACCGUUCAGAACCGAGACGAAGCUCUGGGCUCACAUUGGAGAUGCAGAACUCCUCUACGAUGAAGUUGUCGAGUGGGCUCAUGAUAUGAGAGAGGCUGGAAAUGACGUGACUAUACGCAUUGAACAUGGUGCCCCGCAUGACAUUGUUGAGAGCGGCCAUAUCAACGGGUUUCGAAGGGAAGGUGGACAAGCGGCCAAAGCUGCGGCGGAAUGGCUGUGA